CACAACAGGUUGCGCAGUGUUCCACGGCAUCGGCACCAAGUAACCCAAAGUAAGACUUACAGCCAAGCGAGCCACUCAAUCACGAAGAUGGCGACGCCAAGGACAAAGAAGCCAGUCCCCCCGUGGAUUGAGAAUCCGUACCCCCAUAUUGAGCACAGCUUGAUAGCAUUUCCUCGAAAACACAUCCUUCUCGUUACGAUUAAUCGACCGGAGCACAUGAAUUGUCUCCCCGUGGAGGCAACGAUAGAACUCGGUGCAUUGUGGAAAUGGUAUGACGCCGAACCGGAGCUGCGAUGCGCCGUGUUCACGGGAGCCGGAACUAAAGCCUUUUGCGCCGGCAUGGAUUUGAAGCAGAGAUUGGAUAUCAUCAAGACGAAUGAUGUUGCCUUUGACUACCCACCGGGCCAGUUUGCGGGCAUGAGCAAUCGGACAGGCAGGAAACCAAUCAUUGUCGCCUGCAACGGCCACGCUCACGGUGGUGGCUUCGAAGCCAUCCUCAACGCAGAUGUCAUCUUCGCUUCACCAAACGCAACGUUUCGCCUCCCCGAAGUCCUCCGUGGCGUAUCUGCCCUCGCCGGCGCAUUGCCUCGUUGCAUGAUGCUCUUUGGCAACCACCGGACGAUGGAUCUCAUACUCACAGGCCGGACAAUGUCAGUGGAAGAAGCAUACAACUGGGGAUUGGUCAAGGAGGUUGUGCCGCAGGAGAGGCUUCUUGAGAGAACACUCAACUACGCUGGCCAGAUCGCUGCGCUGAGUCCCGACAGCGUCAUUAUCUCGCGAUUGGCGGCGCGUGAAGUAUGGGAGACUGGCGUUAGCAGAGCAACUAUGCGCGGACAGGAGUUAUGGGCCGAGGCAAUGCUUCGGAGCAAGAACGCGACUGAAGGACUGGCGGCAUAUCGCGAGAAGAGAGAUCCCAAAUGGUUUCCGUCGCAUCUGUAGCUGGAAGGAUUUCGCCAAAAGUUCCGCAGGCUUCGCGAGCUGGCUACAGGAGACCUCAGCCCUCACGGCUUUCUCAUCCAAUGAACCGCGUCGAUGGUUUAGUGGUAAAAUUCUCCGUUGCCAUCCAGCAGCGUCGGGGAGCCGGGGGUUCGAUUCCCCCUCGACGCAU